GAUGUUCAAAUACUAAGCGUGGAGAUGGCAACGGGUCUAAUGUGAUUUGACGUAAAUUGACGUUUAAGAUUAAAGAAAAUUUUUUAGAUUAUGUGUCAUCCAAAUUUCGAUGUAAUUGCUGUAUAUGCUUUACUGAAUCAACAAACUUUAGCAAAUUUCAAUUUUUUAUAUAUUUUGUGACGUGUCAUAUUUUCUUUUAUCAAAAUGUUCGGUCUCAAUUUUCGUCGAAAUUUGGAGUUAACAUUUGGUAAAAUUUUACCAACAAAACCUUUUAACAUGUGCGGUUUAAGGUAUAUAAGUAUUCGAGAACCUUUACAGCCUUUAAAACGAUGUCCAAAAUGGGUUUGUGUAGAGGAUGCAAUAAAAAUUAUUAAUUCAGAGCAUUUAGUUUUUAUACAAGGAGGUGCAGCAACACCUAAUGAAUUAAUACGAGCUAUGACUGAGCAUGGUGUUUGUAAUAAUCUACGUGGUGUACGAUUAAUUCAUAUGGGCCUUGAAGGAGAUGCACCAUUUUCAAGUCCUGAGUUUGAGAAACAUUUUAGAUCUGUAAGCUUCUACAUUGGUGCUAAUCUUAGAGAAGCUGUUAAUGAAGGAAGAGCAGAUUAUAUUCCAAUAUUUCUUCAUGAAGUACCAAAACUCUUUUAUGAGAGAAGAAUUUUUCCAGAUGUUGCAUUAAUUCAUGUCAGUGUGCCAGAUGCUCGUGGUUUUUGUUCUUUAGGUGUAAGCGUAGAUUGUACACGUGCUGCGAUUAGUACAGCUAAAGUUAUCAUCGCUCAAGUAAAUGAACACAUGCCAAGAUCAUUUGGAGAUACAGUUAUUCAUUCGAGUCACAUUGAUUGGGCUGUUAAAUAUGAUUGUCCUUUACCAUGUGUAGCUAGUACUCCACCAAAUGAAAUUGAACAAGAAAUUGGCAAAAUCAUUGCACAAAGAUUAGUAGACGAUGGAGCAACUUUACAAAUUGGAAUUGGUAACAUACCUGAUGCUGUCCUCUGUUCUCUCGGCAAUCAUAAGGAUUUAGGAGUUCAUACAGAAAUACUUGGUGAUACAAUGGUAGAUUUAGCAGAACGAGGGAAUGUUUCAAAUAAAAUGAAAAUAAAGCACAGAGGACGUAUGGUCAGUUCUUUAGCAAUUGGUACCAAAAGAGUAUACGAUUUUUUACAUAAUAAUCCAUUUGUAGAAAUGCGUGCAAUUAAUUAUGUUAAUGAUCCUCGAAUAAUAUCGCAACAACCGAAAAUGACAGCCAUUAAUUCUUGUAUAGAAAUGGAUAUUACUGGUCAAAUAUGUUCAGACAGUUUAGGCUGUAAAUUAUAUUCUGGAUUUGGUGGUCAGCUUGAUUUUAUCCAAGGUGCAGCAAUGGCUCAAGAUGGUCGAGGAAAAGCUAUAAUCGCAUUCCCUUCAGUAACGAGUAAAGGAGAAAGUAAAAUUCAGCCAGUAAUUAAACUUGGUGGUGGAAUUGUGGUAACAAGAGCACAUGCGCAUUAUAUAGUUACUGAACAUGGAAUAGCAAAUCUUUUUGGUAAAACAUUACGUCAAAGAGCAAAUGCAUUAAUUCAAAUUGCUCAUCCUGAUCAUAGAGAAUGUCUUGAAAAAGCUGCAUUUGAAAGACUUAAAUCUAAUCCAACAAAAUAUUUGUAAUUUAGAUAUACGAGUAAUAUAUUUCAUAAAA